AUGUUUGGACGUAGCAGACUUGUUCGUCUACUUAUUGAAAAAGAAGAAUCUGAUCAAAUUUUACUGGCAACCUCAGAAAGUGAUCAUUGGUACUCUAUCAAUUUACAAUUAUUAAAUGAUUCAAAUUUGAAAAAUUGUUUUAUUCCUUCAAAUUAUGAUGAAGAAACAGAACAAUACCUUAAUAAUUCUUUUGAAAUUAGCAACAAUGUUUGUUUACAGGUUUAG